AUGAAGUUGACAUUCAAGGAUCUCAAGCAACAGAAGUUCGUCAUCGAGGCUGAGCCCUCAGAGACUAUUGGCGAAGUCAAGUCAAAGAUUGCAUCCGAGAAGGGUUGGGAGCCGUCGACACAAAAGCUCAUCUACUCGGGUAAGAUUCUGCAGGACGACAAGACCGUUGAGUCGUACAAGAUCGAGGAGAAGGGUUUCAUUGUCUGCAUGACCUCCAAGCCCAAGGCUGCUCCUUCAAAACCCUCAGCACCCGCAACUCCCGCCCCCGCUGUCCCUGCCUCGACUCCUGCUCCUCCCCAAGCACCAACGUCCUCUUCAACCUCUGCUUCCGCCCCCGUGCCCGCUACUCCUUCGCCUGCUGCAAACGAGAGCAGUCGCUUCAAUGAUCCCUCGGCACUCACCCUUGGCGACGAGCGCGCUGCAGCCAUCUCUAACAUGGAGGCCAUGGGCUUCCCUCGCGCCGACAUCGACCGUGCCAUGCGCGCUGCUUUCUUCAACCCCGACCGCGCUGUCGAGUACCUUCUGAACGGCAUCCCCGAGAGCGCUCAACGCGAGCAAGAGCAGCAACAGCAGAACCAGGCCGCACCUAGACAGAGUCAGACUCCCGCCGCAGCUCCUGCAGCACAGCCUACUGGUGGCGAAGAUGAGGGCCUUAACCUCUUUGAGGCUGCUGCUCAGGCUGCCCAGGGUGGUAACCGCGGAAGCACUCGUGCAGCUCAACCCGCUCAAGGCGGUGAGGCUGGAUUGGGUGCAGGUGGUGACCCUCUGGAGUUCCUCAGAAACAACCCCCAGUUCCAGCAGCUUCGCCAGCUUGUUCAGGCCCAGCCCCAGAUGCUCGAGCCAAUCCUCCAGCAAGUCGCCGCUGGUAACCCUCAGAUUGCACAGCUUAUCGGCCAAAAUCCCGACGCCUUCAUGUCUCUUCUUGCCGAGGAUGUUGAUGACGACGCUGCUCUGCCCGCUGGUGCUCAAGCCAUUAGCGUUACAGAGGAGGAGAGAGAAGCCAUCGAGAGACUUUGCCGUCUCGGUUUCGAGAGAGAUCUUGUCAUUCAAGCUUACUUCGCAUGCGACAAGAACGAGGAGCUUGCUGCCAACUUCCUCUUCGACCAGCCUGAAGAUCCCGAGGAGCAAUAA